AUGCGUUUGCUUCAACCAAUUGCCCUGGCCGCCCUGGCAGCUUUUACGGGUCCAGCAGCCGCGGCUGACUGCGAGCCUCGCAACCCAGAUGGCAUUGCUGCCGGCGAUGAGCUAAUCGCAUGGAUUCAAACCGCCGUUCAUGAGUUUAUCCCUAUCGAGGAUAGCUGGUCAGAGGGAUUUGAUAGAGCAUUCUCUACCGAGCUAGUCGCCACCUUCAACGCAACAAUGUACAACUUCGGUAGUCUCAGGGGUUUAUUCGGAGCUUUUCAUCCCAGAAUCUUAGAGCGUUAUGCUGGGACUUUUACCCAUGGCUAUUUCUCUGCGAUUGGGGUUCCCCAUGCGACCAACCGCGGCGGCAAUGUGUAUCUCACAGGCUGGGAGGGUGGCUAUAUUGGUGGCGAUGUAAACAAUGUUUACAAUGCCACGCAAGGGUCCUUUGGGGUGAUUGAGGAACAGGAAGACUGCAGUCUCAAGAUCGUCGAGUGGCGCGAAAGCUCUAACUUGGCCACUACAGGUUGA